CUUGGUAAGAGAGGUCAGUGGUGGGGGGUGGCACGGGAGAUCCGGUCAGGGAUUGUGUGGGGGGGGAGGGUUGAACGGUGAGCUUGGACGAAUGGCAGAAGGGACGUUUAGAGGGGAUAGUAGACCAGCCUGGAGUUGGAGGUGAGGGGGUAGGUUGGGGAAGGGGUAGGAUGGGUGGUAGGUUGGUGGGUCGGAGGGUCGGUGACUGUCGAGGUGGGGGUGGGGAAAUGAGCUGGGGUGGCCAGCGCGUCCAGACCUUCAUGGACCUGGCCGCUGCCGAACAGGAGCGGAUUGCCACUGCAGCUGCUGAACAGCAGACACUGGCCAAAGAGGCAGCAGCUGAGCAACAGAGACUGGCCAACGAAGCUGCUGCCGAGGCACAACGGCUCGCCAACGAGGCUGCCGCCGAGGCACAACGGUUGGCCAACGAGGCCGCCAUCCAAGCGCAGCUACAGCGAGAAGCCGACAAAGCACCGCAACAACAACAGCGUGCUGCAAGCACACAGGAGCAGUUGUGGCAUCACCCCCAGGCAACAUACCAGCAGCAGCAGAUUCUCAAAGCUGCCACGAAUGACUGCCGGACAUUCACAACGGCGAUCAAUUCCGCCAAGACGCAGCAACAGCAAGUCAACGAUGCGCUUACUAUACGCCUGGGUACGGUUGAAGCACAGGCCCGUGCACCAGCCGCAGAACCAAGCGGUUCAGCAGCUGGCCAGCAAUGGGGCCCGCGUGUCACAGCGAUUGAAAGCAAAGCCGCUACCACCACUCAGCGCAUCGAUCACAUCAUCGGCCUGAUUGGUGAGGUGGGCCAGUUUGAGACCCCAACGACGCUCAGCAGCCAAGUGACGGCACUCAAAGCCGAGCUGGAUCAACUGAAGUCGAGACCAGACAGCGGCAAGACGUACAAGAUGCCCAAAUUCGACAUAGCCAAAUUUGACGACUAUCACAAGACCGAUGCACUAGCUUGGUGGACCGCAUUCAAUACGGAGGCGGAUGUGCAUCAUGUUCCCCCCGAGCAGCGCCUCAACGCGCUGUACCUCCAGCUGAUUGGCAGCAGACAGGCCUUCAUGAACAAUUUGGCGGUACAAAAGGCCUGUACGAUUGCAACACUGCACAACAAGAUUACUUGGGAAGAGUUUGAGCAGCUGUGGCAGACGCGGUUCAUGGUCCGCAACGUAAGGAAGGCGGUCAUGAACGAGCUCUACCAUUGCAACCAAGGCACUAUGCCUACCCGAGAAUGGUUGACGAAGUGGCAGAAGUUUGUCGCCACUCCGAAAUUCAACCUCGAUCUCGAAGAUUUGAGAUCUGAGUUCUUCUCUCGGUCAUGCGAUGGGUUGACCACGACUCUCGGCAACGAGCUGCAGUACGAGACCUUCGAUGCAGUCAUAUCAAGCACGAACAUUCUCAUACAAACGGACUGGCAAGCGGCUAAUGAAAGUCGUCAGCAGCAGCCGGCCUAUGUGGCAAAGCCAGGAUUUCAGCGGCAAAAUGUAAACGUGAUCCUCACGGGAUCACAAGAAGACCACACCGCUGCAGCAGCCUUUGAUGAAGGAGAUGUUGUAGCAGUGAUCCCUCCUCAACGCACAUGAGCUCGGAAGAAGAAGGCGAAUACACAGACGUCGAAGGAGUGGGACAACAACCGUGGACGCAGUAUCACAUUAGCGA